GCUCCCCCCAGCCCUGUGUACUGGACGAGAGGCUGGGCUGAGCUCACAAACUUAGCUGCGUGCAGGCCUGGCCAUAGCAGGCUCCUCUAUGCUGGCGGAUCAUGAUGUUAAUGAGCACACUAUGCCUGGUGCUGCUGGCUUCUUCUCUCUUCAUUACUUCCCUGUGUGAAGGGCGGACUUUUUUGCCUCCUCAGGCUGCAUCGCAAUUCCUUAGUCGGAAAAAGAGAGCAAACUCAUUUUUUGAAGAGAGUAAAAGUGGAGACCUGGAACGGGAAUGUGUUGAAGAACUGUGUGGUAAGGAAGAAGCCCGGGAGAUAUUUGAGAAUAACCCUGAGACGGAAUAUUUUUAUCCAAAAUAUUUGGCUUGCAUUGGAAAUUAUCGAGAUAAAAAUGACAAGAUCAGUUACUUGAAUUUUGAUGGACCCUCUGAUCUGAGAUCUUGCAUUACUGCACUUCCGGACCAGUGUAAGCCAUUACCAUGUAAUAAAGAUGGAUAUAAGGAAUGCAAGGAUGGGAAAGGAAAUUUCACCUGCAUUUGUAAACCCGGAUGGCAGGGAGUGCGUUGUGAUGAAGAUAUUAAUGAAUGUGAGGAUCCAGAAAAAGUGAAGGGCGGCUGCAGUCAGCGAUGUGUGAACAUCCCUGGCAGUUAUCGCUGUGCCUGUGAGGAUGGAUACUACCUGCUUCCCGAUAAGCACACCUGUAGCGAUAGAGAUGAAUGUGAGUUCAGCCCAGUAAUCUGCGGAGGGGCACAAUGCAGAAAUACACCAGGAAAGUAUGAAUGUGAGUGUGAGGCUGGAUAUCGGUUUAACACAUCAUCGAAGGUUUGUGAAGAUGUAGAUGAAUGCGCAGAUGAUAUUUGCAGUCAAGUAUGUGUUAAUACUCCCGGAAGUUACAAAUGCUACUGCGAAGGAAGAAAGAAGUUAAAGCUUGCUGAGGACAAAAAGUCAUGUGAACGCAUCCCCGUUUGCGUUCCGCUCAAUCUGGAGACUAAUUAUGAACUUCUGUACCUGGCAGAACAAUUCACGGGGAUACCUGUUGUAUAUCUGAGAUUCAAACUCCCAGAUGUUACCAGGUUUUCAGCAGAGUUUGACUUCCGUACAUACGAUGGAGAGGGGGUGAUUCUGUAUGCGGAGUCUGCCGAUAGCACCUCGUGGUUUCUACUGGCACUGAGAGAUGGAAAGAUUGAAAUUCAAUUCAAGAAUGACUUAUGGACCAAAGUUACAUCUGGUGGGAAAGCAAUUAAUAACGGACAGUGGCAUAUAGUGUCCGUGGAGGAACUGGAAAACAGCAUCAGUGUUAAGAUAGCAAAAGAAGCCGUCAUGAAUAUCAACAACCCCAAGUAUCUGUUCAAACCUGUCAAUGGUAUUCUAGAAACCAAAGUCUACAUCGCAGGAUUACCACGGAAAGUGGAAAAUCUUAUUAAACCGAUUAACCCACGAUUAGAUGGAUGCAUCCGUGGAUGGAAUUUGAUGAAUCAAGGAGCUCUGGGGGUCAAAGAAGUUAUUCAAGAGAAGCAGAGCAAGCACUGUCUGGUAUCUGUACAGGAAGGUUCCUAUUACCCAGGCGGCGGAGUGGCCCAAAUUUAUGUUAAUUACACAGAUGACACUUCAGCUGAUGGAGACUGGUCGGUAAAUGUUACUCUGAACAUUCGAUCGUCUACAAGCACCGGGGUGAUGUUUGCUCUGGUUAAUGAAGAGACUGUUCCUCUUGCAUUAGCCAUUGAAGAUCAGUCAUUUGAUAUUGUGCAGGACAUUAUUGUCAGCAUUCACAGUAAGACGGUGGCGCGGCUCACAACUAAAAGAAUAUGCACCGACAAGAAUCUUUCCAUAAGCUUCUCAGCCACAAAGUCAGCCGUGGGAAUAACCUCCAAUUCUUACACUGAAAUUAACUAUGUAGCCCCCGAGGAAAUGAAGAAGCAGCUUGCCAUUUUGGACCAGUCGAUGAGAGCCCACGUGGACACAUAUUUAGGAGGCAUUCCAGAUAUCCCAGUUACGGCUACUCCAAUCUCCGCCUUCUACGUUGGCUGCAUGGACAUCACCAUCAAUGGGAAGCUGGUCGACCUGGAUGAUUCCCUGCAGAAGCAAAAUGACAUUCGAUCACAUUCCUGUCCCCUGAUUUCAUAGUCUCAAGAGAGAUGUCAUACUUUUUUAUAUUUUUGUAGCAUCUACUACUGAAUUACCAAACAUGACCAACAAGAGAUGUGCCAGAAUAACGUGUGCUAUUUUUAAUACUCUGUACUGUAUCGUGUGCCGAAAUUAACUUGUAUUUUCAAUUUUAUCAAUAUCGCAAGGACAAAUCUGAAAAUUGUAGCAUUCCAUUUAAACAAACAUUUUAUAGA